AUGGAGAGUCAAUUAAGUGGUCAUGAAAUUGUUCUUGAUGGUCGUGAAUCUAGUUUGCAAGUCUCGGGUGAUUUUGGUUUGUUAAGUCAGAAUUCGAUUGACUUUUUAGCUACAAAUGAUGAAUUUGAAGAAGAAUGUGACAUAGCCAAUAAAGAGGAUUAUGUUCAAACUGAAGAGGUUGCUACUUUGGAAGCAAAGGAAAAAAAUGAGAAGAAAGAUGAAAUAUGUAUUGGAAUGGAGUUUAGUUCUGAUGAGGCUGCAUAUAUAGCUUAUAAAAACUAUGGCGGCAAUCAUGGUUUCGAUGUAAGGAAACAACGGAGAGAGAAGAAAAAAGAUAAGGUAGUAAGGCUUGUUUAUGUUUGCUCAAAACAAGGGUAUAGGAAAGAACUUGAGGUCGAAAAAUCUUAUUCACACCCAGUCACACGGUGUGGCUGUAAUGCUCAUAUGGCUUGUUACCUUCAGGAGAACGAAAAAUAUAAGAUUGUGUCUUUCGAGCCGAACCAUAACCAUAAUUUAGUGAGGACACCUAUGAAGCAUUUGUUGAAGGUCAAUCGGGAAAUCUCUGACUCUCAAAAACAACAUGCUCAUGAUGCCGACAUGUCAGGAAUUUCAGCAAAACAAACUGUUGAAAUGAUGAGCAGAGAAGUUGGGGGGCGAGGAAAUCUGGAUGAUCGGUCUAUAAGUGAUUACAAUCUUUUCGGAGAUGUUGUUUGCUUCGUCACAACUUAUAAGACCAACGAAUAUGAUAGACCAUUUGCUCCAUUUGUUGGGGUUAAUCAUCACAAGAAAACUGUUGUGUUCGGUGCUGCUUUGUUAUAUGAUGAAACCACUGAGUCAUAUAAGUGGCUUUUCGAGACUUUUCUUGGAGCAAUGUCUAGAAAACAACCAAAAACAAUUUUUACUGACCAAUCUGCAGCAAUGGCGAAUGCGAUAGUGAAGGUGUUCCCUGGCACAAAACACAGGUUAUGUGUUUGGCAUAUAUACCAAAAUGCUGCAAAGAAGUUAAGUCAUGUAUUUCAUGGGCCAGGACAGUUUGCCAUAGACUUUGGGAAGUGUGUAUAUGACCAUGAGGAAGAAGAAGAUUGGUUAUUGGCAUGGAGUAAUAUGCUCAAGAAGCAUAAUUUGACAGAGAAUAAAUGGUUGAAAAAUGUUUUUGAGGUGAGAGAAAAGUGGGCUAUGGUAUAUGGACGUCAUAGUUUUACAGCAGAUAUGGUGAUCACACAGCGUAGUGAAAGUAUGAAUAAUAUCUUGAAAAGAUACUUGAAGAGUAGUUAUGACUUAUUGUCCUUCUUUGAACACUAUGAGAGAGUGUUGGAUGAUCGGCGAUAUAAUGAAUUAACUACUGACUUCAAAAUGAUGCAUACCUCGUCGGUAUUAUCUGCUACUGUAGAGAUGUUGCAACAUGCAGAGGAAGUGUAUACACCCGAAAUUUUCAGGUUGUUUCAGAAGCAAUACAUAGUUAUCGGCGAUUACGUUGCCAAAAAGGACUCAAGUCUUACUCUGGAUACUCAAUUAUCUGUUGCUACUACUAGUCCAACCUUAUAUAAUACGUCAUUUGCCUCACAAGUGUUGCAGGACAAGCAAGAGGAUAGGAAUACCGAUGAAGAGAACAAAGUAUGA